AUGAGUGGGAUGUUGGAAACCCCUGAGCUCCCGGCGGUGUUUGAUGGGGUGAAGCUAGCUGCAGUUGCUGCUGUUCUGUAUGUUAUUGUUCGCUGCUUGAAUUUAAAAAGCCCAACCGCCCCUCCUGAACUCAUUUACCAGGACUCUGCUUUGGCCCGCUUUCUACUCAAAUCCUGCCCACUUCUGACCAAAGAGUACAUUCCACCCCUGAUCUGGGGAAAGAGUGGACAUAUCCAGACUGCCCUUUAUGGAAAAAUGGGGAGAGUGAGAUCACCGCACCCCUACGGACAUCGCAAGUACCUCACGAUGCCAGAUGGAGCGACAGCGACCUUCGAUCUCUUUGAGCCGCAGUCUGAGCAUUGCAUCGGAGAGGAUGUCACGAUGGUAAUCUGCCCUGGGAUUGCUAACCACAGUGAAAAGCAGUAUAUCCGCACUUUUGUUGACUACGCGCAAAAAAAUGGGUACAGGUGUGCUGUCCUGAAUCACUUGGGAGCCUUACCCAAUAUUGAGCUCACUUCUCCGCGAAUGUUCACAUACGGUUGCACCUGGGAAUUUGGUGCCAUGGUUAAUUACAUCAAGAAGACCUACCCUCAGACCCAGCUAGUUGUUGUGGGCUUCAGCCUGGGUGGAAACAUUGUGUGCAAAUACCUGGGAGAGAAUCAGGCCAACCAGGAGCGAGUCCUGUGCUGCGUCAGCGUGUGUCAGGGGUACAGUGCAUUGAGGGCACAGGAAACCUUCAUGCAGUGGGAUCAGUGUAGAAGGUUUUAUAACUUCCUCAUGGCCGACAACAUGAAGAAGAUCAUCCUUUCUCACAGGCAAGUUCUUUUUGGAGAUAACAACAUGAAGAAGCCACAAAGCCUGUCAGAUGCUGACCUGAGCAAACUCUAUACAGCAACAUCCCUCAUGCAGAUUGAUGAUAACGUUAUGAGGAAGUUCCAUGGCUACAGUUCCCUGAAGGAGUACUAUGAAGAAGAAAGCUGCCUGCAUUACUUGCACAGGAUCUAUGUUCCUCUUCUGUUGGUUAAUGCUGCUGAUGACCCUCUUGUGCAUGAGAGUCUUCUAUCAAUUCCAAGAGCUCUUUCAGAGAAAAGGGAAAAUGUCAUGCAUGUGUUGCCCCUUCAUGGAGGCCACCUGGGAUUUUUUGAGGGGUCUGUGCUAUUCCCGGAACCUCUUACCUGGAUGGAUAAGCUUGUGGUGCAGUAUGCCAAUGCCAUCUGCCAGUGGGAGAAGACAAAGUCUCACUGCUCGGACACAGAGCAGGCUGUAUCUGGCCAGGAGUAAUUGUCCCAAAGACUCUGGAUCACUUGAGUAUAUCUCCCCCUCUCUGGGAACAUCUUGUUCCCUCACCUGCUGCUUCAGGUUUCC